ACUAUAAAGUAAUAACAUUCUAAACAAUCCACAGUCUAUGUAAUAAGUAAAAUCAUUUUUAUUUAUUUUUAAUAAAAGUAAACUUUAAUUUUAAAAUAUGAUCAAAAAUUGCUGUGGUUAUCCUUUGAGAACAGGAACUAAGUUUAUAUCGUUAUUUAAUUUGGUUUUGUCACUAAUUUAUAUUAUAUUUUAUACAUGGGAACGAUGUAUAAAUUAUGGAUAUCCUAAACCUAAUAGUGAUCAGGAUCACGAAAAAUUUUUAGAUGAUGACUUUUUGGACUAUGUUACCUUAGUUUUCACGAGUGUCGGCGUUACUUUAGCAUUUGCUAACUUUGGACUUAAACAAGCAACAGAAAAAAAUGAAACGCAUAAAAUAUAUUUUUGGCUACUAACUAGUUGUUUCCAAGUUGGUACAAUUUUUUUAAUUGAAACAGAAAUUUUGAUCUAUCACGCAGAAAGAAUAAAAAAUUUAGUACUAUUAAUACUGGGAUUUACAGCUACUGACGCAUUAUUGAUUUAUCAGUAUUUGGUGGUUCUGUCAUUUUAUAAAGAUGAAAAAUUAGUCGAAGAAACUAAUUAUACAAGAUUAAGUACAAAUAUAACAAAUCAAAUGACUGAUGGAGAAGGUGAACAAUCAGAAGCUGAUUUCCAUACUAUUGAACUUUGAAAUUGUAGAUUAUUAUAUUCAGUCGUAAUAUAUAUCUAUUGUAAAUAGCUUUCA